AUGGCAAGACCAGGAAACACAUGCCUUCUCAACCGCCUGCCGCCCGAGCUCAGGCGACAGAUUGGAGAGUACACUUUCGGUGGCCCCGAGCUCUCGCUCUCGCAGCAGGGUGGCCGCACGAGCAACUUCCUGUGCAACCUGCUUACAGGGGGUGGCCCGCUAAGCGUAGUGCGGCACAAGUUCUUGGACUUUCAUGAGCUCUUCGCCUUUCUGGCCUCUCACAGCCCCGGCGCGCUCUCGACAAUCGGCCAUCUGGUUGUCCAACUGAGCUGCCUGCCGGAUACUCAGGAGCUCGAGGCGAUGCUCACAGGCGUCAGUAACCAGGCAGCGUUGAAUUCUAUCAGCGAGCAGCACAACCACAUCCUGGCGCUGCUCGCGCACGCCGUACGGCUCAAGCAAUUCGUGGUCCGCAUCGAUAUGGCCGAGUAUUUCGAUUCGGCCGGCAACUUCGACGCGAGUUCAACCAACGCGCUGCUCACACAAGGACUGAAUGCGAUCCAGCGCGUGGUCACGAACACGCCUGACGAGACCGUUGAUAUCAAGAUGGACGAGGUCAAGCACCUCAUAAACCUGCCAUCGUUCCGCCUGGAGGUUGCUACAUGCACAUUCAACGAGGCCACCGGCGGGCUCAACUACAACGAGACCGUCGAUCUCCGUUCUCAACAUGGACUGCCGGAGGGCUUCGGUGCGCACCUGUCCUCGCAUGUAUUCUGGACAGACGGCAUGAUCCUCGGCCACUUCGGCCAGAUUGCCAGCGAGCUCCAGCGUCGACAUGUCCAGCAUCGCGACAUGGAGAAACCAGCUUUGACGGAGCCAUGCGGCACCAAGCGCAUGAAGCGAGUCGAGUGGAUCGAGCGGGUGGACCAGCCGCCCAGCUCGCGGACCCGCGGCCGGGGUGUCCUCACCAGAUUCAACACCAUUCCCGAGCAUACCGCGAGGCUGAUCGACCUAGCCGACGGCCUGGUCAAGUGGUUUGUCUUCGUGCGCGGCAUAUCGCGUUCCGAGCACGGCAUCAUAGCGGCCAUUUGGUGGGCGCGAUGCGAGACCGAGGAACAGCACGUACCCUUGCGCGCGCUGAUGAACCACGACGGUAUCAAGGCGCUCGCAAAAUUCUUCAAGGCUCACAAGGACCGGCUCGCGGAGAUCCUGGCGGACAUCAAACCAGAAACACUACUCGAGGAAUUUGGAGAGUAUCCCAACCAGCAAGCCGCGGCGCUGAAGCAGAUCCAGCGCAUUCUGCAAGGUGCCGUUCAUGGGAGCUCACGAGUCUAA